UUGCAUGGGUGUUUGGUGGUGCUUAGAGGGCACUGGGACCAGCGGUAGGAGGGCAGUGGGUGGUGAGGCUGGAAAGGAAGGCAAAGGCUCGAUUGUGGGAGGCCUUCUAGGCCCCCAGCUCUGUGGCUGAAGGGAGAAGGUGAAUGCUUUGUAGGCUAGAGGAUAACAUGAUCAGGUCUAGGUGGUGCAAGAUGGCUCUGAGGCAGUAUGGACGGCAGAGCAGCAAGGCCCCACACCUGCUCUAGGGGGUGUAGCCAAGGGGUCUUGACCCCAAACUGACUGAGUCCCUGGAGCCUGAGCAUGUGGACCUCAGAUAUGCAGUGGCAGAAGGCUUCCAAACUGUGAAGGAGCCGGUAGCCAACACCCUCUACACUUCCAGAUGGUGAGCCCAUGACUUACUUAAAGAAGCUUCCUGUUAUCAGUGGGUGGGCACUCGCAAAGAGGCUCUGUUCAUCUUGUGCCUACAAGCCCAGAUCCAGUCAAAGAGCACGGGCAUGUUCUCCUUCCUUCCUUGAGGGUUGGCCUCUUUCUCCGUGGGCAUAGCCGCCAUCAGAGCCAGCGCCCCCAUAUUUCAGCAUGAUUAAGCCUUGCCAUUUUGGGGGUGGCUGGGGGCGAGGGGAGGGGCUAUUGUGUUUCAAAAUGGAAUAAACAGAAAAGCAAUAUUAAAAGAAUGAGGAGGUUGUUUACUGAGGCUUGAAGAGAUGACAGGUGUUUCCUCCCAGUUGAGAACCAGUGACCCCUGGGAAUCGCAUUUCCCGCUGAGCAGGCGCCCAUGGCGGGCUGAGUCCUGCCCAUGCCCUGGUGGCCUGGAAGCCUGCAUGGGCGCCGUGCAAAGACCAACGUUUUCCAGAGGAGCUUUUGGGCUCAUCACUGGCCUGGGGAGGGCUUGACACGGGGUUCCCACAGCUUGCCCCACACCACCUUCACACCCACACACAGCAGGUCCCCGCGGGGCCGGUGCAGGCCGUGGCUGCCCGCGCUGCGCUGUUGCUCUGUCCCAGCUGGCUGGCUCCGAGUGUGGAGCACUCUGGGCCGGGGCCGCUGGGGCGCGCACAGUGGGGUGACAGGCGGCCUGGCUGCAGAAACGUUGCACCCGUGCCUGAGGUGGGAGGAUGUGAUGACGCGGCCCACGCAGCGGGAACCCAGGCCUUUAAAAAGCCCAGGAAACAGCCUCAGCUCAAGCGGUGGCUCCACUGGAGGAAAACACACCCCGGUCUCACAUUAAAGAAGCCAAACUGUCGGCUUCAAAGAGAAAAGGCAACAUCCUGUCACAGGCCAUGCUCUGGCAAAAACCCACAGCUCCGGAGCAAGCCCCAGCCCCGGCCCGGCCAUACCAGGGCGUCCGUGUGAAGGAGCCAGUGAAGGAACUGCUGAGGAGGAAGCGAGGCCACGCCAGCAGUGGGGCAGCACCUGCACCUACGGCGGUGGUGCUGCCCCAUCAGCCCCUGGCGACCUACACCACAGUGGGUCCUUCCUGCCUGGACAUGGAAGGUUCUGUGUCUGCAGUGACAGAGGAGGGUGCCCUGUGUGCCGGCUGGCUCUCCCAGCCCACCCCGGCCACCCUGCAGCCCCUGGCCCCAUGGACACCUUACACCGAGUAUGUGCCCCAUGAAGCUGUCAGCUGCCCCUACUCAGCUGACAUGUAUGUGCAGCCCGUGUGCCCCAGCUACACGGUGGUGGGGCCCUCCUCAGUGUUGACCUAUGCCUCUCCGCCACUCAUCACCAAUGUCACGACAAGAAGCUCCGCCACGCCCGCAGUGGGGCCCCCGCUGGAGGGCCCAGAGCACCAGGCACCCCUCACCUAUUUCCCGUGGCCUCAGCCCCUUUCCACACUACCCACCUCCACCCUGCAGUACCAGCCUCCGGCCCCAGCCCUACCUGGGCCCCAGUUUGUCCAGCUCCCCAUCUCUAUCCCAGAGCCAGUCCUUCAGGACAUGGAAGACCCCAGAAGAGCCGCCAGCUCGUUGACCAUCGACAAGCUGCUUUUGGAGGAAGAGGAUAGCGAUGCCUAUGCGCUUAACCACACUCUCUCUGUGGAAGGCUUUUAGGCGUGGCUCCCACCUGAGUCCUGUUCCCUGAAACUGGGAUUUUAAAAUGAGCCUGGAAUUGAGCCCCAGGUUCAUGCUUGUUUGGAGUAGUCAUUUCAUGACUACACUUUCUACGCACAGCUAGAAUUGUAGACCUGUAAACCUUCCUUCCCUUCUUCCUUCCUCUCCCUCCCUCACUUCCUCCCUCUCCCCCAUCCUUCCAUUCUUCCCCUCCCUCCCUUCUUCCUUUCCAACCCCUUCCUUCCUUUUCCUCCCUCCCUUCCUUCCUUCCUUCCCUUCUCCCUUUCCAACCCCUUCCUUCCUUUUCCUCCCUCCCUUUCUUCCCUCCUUCCCUUCUCCCUUUCAUUCUUUACCUCCCUCCCUUUCUUCCCUCCUUCCCUUCUCCCUUUCCUUCUUUACCUCCCUCCCUCCCUCGCUUCUUCUCUCUUUCUUACUUCUUUUUUCAAUUCUGUUCCAUUUUGGGAGGUAAUUAUAGGGAUUUUAGCAAUAACAUUUUAUGUCAAAUGUUGCCAAGUCUGCGGUCCAUGGGCUUUCAUUUCUGUCACAUUUCAUUUCUUGGAAAAGGCCUCCUUCCUCCAGUGCCUGCUGAACCGUCUUAGGGUCACUCACACCCUCUGUCAUUUUAAGAUGUAUGUGGUGGCCGGCGGGAAGACCAGCCCCGACAGCACCUCCUGAGAAAGGCAGCCAAGGGCCUACCCUGAGGCCAGAGUCCUUGAGCUGUCAGUUCCCACAGUUGCUCCUUUGUUUGCUCUUCUCAGCAUCGGCCAGAUUUACAGUCCAGGCAGCAAAAUCUCAAGGCCUGGGGCUCAGAGUAGUAAGGGGUGGGAAGUGGGUGGCAGGGAGAAAAGAACAUCAGGGUGGGUGGGGACAGGCCAGUGACGAAGAGAGGGACAGAGGAGGGAUGGGAACAGGCUCUGCAUCUUAGUUGGAGAGAGGGGUGUGGGAGGAAGCUUGAGUUUGAUGCAGGGAGGAGGAAGGCUGAGGAAUGACUUGGCUCCAGAUUACUUGGUUAUUAAGAAGAACAAUAAACUAAAGGAAAGCA